AGCAUAUCAAGAUCCCUUUCACUGGCUUUCUCCUCUCCUCUCUCUCUAUAUAUACCUCCCCUCUCACAUUGCAGGAAGACGCUUACGACACACUACACGUAGUCUUCGUCUCUCUUACAGCUUUGCUGGUCUCGUUGCAUGGCAACCAAGGGGUUGGUGGAGUCCUUGUACGACUCACUGGCGAGGGGAGACAUGAAGGCCGUGGCGGCAUUGAUGGCGGAGGACGUGGAGUGGUGGUUCCACGGCCCCCGGCGGUGCCAGUACAUGAGGCGGCUGCUGACCGGGGAAGCGGGGCACGGAGACUUCCGCUUCAGGCCGCGGGCGGUGACGGCGAUCGGGGGCUGGGUGGUGGCGGAGGGGUGGGAGGGGAAGCACGCCUACUGGGUCCACGCCUGGGCCGUCGACGGCGGCGUGAUCACCCGGUUCAGGGAGUACUUCAACACGUCCGUCACCGUGCGCGAGUGUGGCGGCGGCUGCACCUCCACGGUCUCCGGCGAUGGCGGCACCUUAUGGCAGAGCAGGGCUCCAGCGCAGGGCGGCCGGUCUCUCCCCGGGCUUGUCCUCGCCGUUUAGCAUGGCACGAGCACACUAACAUGGUCCUCGGCUCGUUCCUGACGGACAUGGAGGACAACUCUAUAAGGGCCGAUCUGAGUGUACUGGACUUGCUUUACAUGUAAUAUAGUAAAUAAUAUAUGAACAGAGUCUGGUUUUGCACUCAA